CUGAAUUUAAUCAGAUAACCUCAGUCACACUAAAAGUCCUCAGCAUUAGGAUAAGUGUGUUUCUGUGAGUGUUUGUCUGUGUGUGUGUAUUAAUAAACACGCUGUAUGAGCAGCUGUGACUGCAUGAGAGGGUAUCAUAGUAAAAGUGUUCCACCAGCCUGUAGCAGCUUGUAUUUUCUCACCAGCACAGAGAUCAUAUUGAAUAAUCUGAGUCCUUGAAUCAAACUGUCAAACAAAAACACUUGUUGGUGUUCCCAUUCGUUCAGCCAGCUGAAGUUUGGAGACUAUAUAAGACAGACCAACUCUACCACUGUACCUUUGUGAAGACGUGUAACUGGACAAUGAGGGUUGCUGGUUUACUGUUGUUGCUGCUCGGUCUGUGUGGGUCAGGGGCUCAGGGGGAGGAUGGAGGCCUCGGUGAGGUGGGUGAGAUCAGCCAGUUUCAGAAGACAGCUCCAAGAGAUGCAGUUGAGGAAUCGACCGAGCAAACCACAAAGCAAACCACCCCUGACAUCUGGGUGGAGGUGAGGGCACUGAGAGACAUGGUGGUGGAGCUUAAGGUGCACGUGCAGCUGCUGCAGAGAGAGAAUUCUGUCCAAGCCACAGAACUGGUAUCUUUGGGAACUAGACUGACUGCCACCGAGAGCAAAACAAGUGACCUAGAAAAGAAGAAUGCAGACUUGCAGACCAGACUGAGUAGCAGUGAAAGUGAACUUCUCGUCAGCAAGUCCAGGAUUGACCAGCUGGAGAGAGGAAAUGCAGAGAAACCAAAGGUGGCCUUUUACACAGCUCUGACUAAUGCAGGACGUGUAGGACCACACAACACAGACAUCACACUGAAAUACAGCAAGGUCUUCACCAACAUUGGCAACGCUUACAAUCCAGCUACAGGUUUCUUCACAGCACCAGUCAAAGGAGUCUACUCUUUCCAGUUCACUGUGUCUGGUCACAACAUAGAUAAUAUAGGUUUUGGUCUCUAUGAUGAUGUAAAUAACCACAGCACCUUCAGUGGCUUCCUUCUCUUCCCACUUGUGCACGUGCAGCUGCUGCAGAGAGAGAAUUCUGUCCAAGCCACAGAACUGGUAUCUUUGGGAACUAGACUGACUGCCACCGAGAGCAAAACAAGUGACCUAGAAAAGAAGAAUGCAGACUUGCAGACCAGACUGAGUAGCAGUGAAAGUGAACUUCUCGUCAGCAAGUCCAGGAUUGACCAGCUGGAGAGAGGAAAUGCAGACUUGCAGACCAGACUGAGUAGCAGUGAGAGUGAACUUCUCAUUAGCAAGUCCAGGAUUGACCAGCUGGAGAGAGGAAAUGCAGAGAAACCAAAGGUGGCCUUUUACACAGCUCUGACUAAUGCAGGACGUGUAGGACCAUACAACACAGACAUCACACUGAAAUACAGCAAGGUCUUCACCAACAUUGGCAACGCUUACAAUCCAGCUACAGGUUUCUUCAUAGCACCAGUCAAAGGAGUCUACUCUCUCCAGUUCACUGUGUCUGGUCACAACAUAGAUAAUAUAGGUAUUAUUAUGUACAAGAACAACCAAAGGAUUAUGUAUAAUGCGGAGUGGAAGAAAAAUGCAGGUUAUUUCACUAACGCUCUUGUCUUGGAGCUGAUAGCAGGAGAUGAAAUUCAUCUGGAUCUCCCAUUAGGAUUUGGUCUCUAUGACGAUGGAGAUAACCACAGCACCUUCAGUGGCUUCCUUCUCUUCCCACUGUAAGGAUGUUGUUUAGGCUGCUGUGUGACUGAUUAGUCACAAACCCUGUUGUUAUUGGCUACACUGGGAUUCUUUAGAAAAUCCUGAUAUAUCUCAGCACCGCUGCCUCCAAGACAAAUGUCUGUACAUUUACUGCAUGUAUCAAAUAAUGUGAUUCUGAAUCUGACCUCCCUUUAGUGUCAUCACAUGAAAACAACAUUCAAAUAAAUCGAAGAUGCAUUGAA